AUGGAAUCUGCGCCCAACGCCUGUACCACCGUCACCAGUGCCCGCCUCUGCCGCAAAUUUAAAAUUAUGAACCAACCUGUCAUCCUUUAUGCCUUAGAACGGCGCCAAAACGGCGCCAAGAAUGUGUUUCUCACUAAGUCAGAUGUAGAGGGCAUCAUCCGGAUCAAGCAGGGCGACCAGCAGGCGCCCUCAGGCCGGCGGCGGCGGGGUGCGGGAGGGGGGGCGGCAGUGCAGGGCGGCACCAAGAACUACAGCAAGAAGGUGCUGCAGUUCUUCCAGGUGCUGAAGGGCGCUGGCGGUCAGGACAUCCUGUGCCGCUGCGUCAAGCGCAGCGGAGAGUGGCGGUGGUGCCCCGUGGUGCCGCUCGAGGAGCUGCCCCGAGUGAUCAAGGAGCACCACGAGCGGGCGACUGGCUUCAGCG